AUUUUUUAACUUUUUCCGACAUCGCCAGCAGAAAAGUUUGUCCCAAACAAAUAAAAGUAUUUUUGAGUAUAAAUAUUUUAUUUACUUUUCAUUUGUUAAACACCACGUUAAAGAUAAAUAUAUCAGUUAUUUAUUUUCAUUAUUUCGGUGUAAACGUAAGCGUUCUUUCUUUUACCACAAAUAGUUUUUUUUUUUUUAUUUUUUCAUACAACUGCAUGAGAGUUCGUGAGUGUGUGUGUGUGGUUUUUUUUUCGGUGACAAAUAACCAAAAACAAAAAAAUUACAAGAAAAAUAUAAAUUUGUUCUGGAAAUAAAUUUAAUUUCGCAGUCAUAAACAAAGUAGUUAUCGGUUGCUCGUAUCUUGUAUUUGAAAUAUCACACACUGCAUUGAACCUCUCUUCACCUCAACACUCCACCCCCGGGAACAAUCAUAUUAACCAGCCGCCAGUCAGCCAGCAGCUACAAAAGAUAUUUGACUCUAUUCUACAACCAACCAGCUUGAUGUCGUAUUGUUAUUGUUGUAAUUUUUUCAAGCUCCAUUCAUUUUUGUUUUGUUUUAAUUGACACAAUUGAAGUGGGUCCCGUCCCGUACGAACAAACGAACGAAGGGAAAAGCGAAUAUUAAAACACAAACAAUACAAUACUACUACUAGCGUUUUUGUUGUAGAAAGGAAAAAAGCAAAAACAAAUUCUGAAAAAAGAGACUCAAGUACAACGAAUAAAACGAAGAAAAAAUUAAUUUUUAUAAAACAUUUAAUAGACAACAACACGUCACGUGAGCAUUACGUGAGCAAAGAAAGGAGAAAAAUAACAUAUUUGCGGAUAAAAACAAAAAGCCAAGAACUCUUUUUUUUAUAAUUUUUAUAAAUUUAAAUAAAGUCUAGCACAAACAGCUGUUGACUUUUUGGCUGGUGACACAAGCAGCAAUUAGCCAUUAGUUCGUCAAUUAUACCGCAUUAAAAACAUAGAAAUCAACAUGAACAAUUUGUCGGAUGCCCCCGUACCAGAUCCUGGCUCUGGUGCUGAUAAAAAAGAAGCCAAACAAUCAAGUGCUUUAAAGAAAACCAGCCGCUAUCGUAGUCGUUCAUUGUCUGCUUCAUCCACCGAUUCAUUUUCAUCUGCCUCCUACACAGGCAGCAGUUCGGAUGAUGGUGAUGAUGUACCACCACGAGAAAAAGUCCAAAAGAACUCUAAAGGUUGUUCUGAUUUUUGUGUACGCAACAUUAAUCAAAAUGCCUUUGGCCGGCGUGAAAUUGAAAUUGCCGAACAGGAGAUGCCCGGCAUUAUGGCAUUGAGAAAACGUGCUGCCGACGAUAAGCCGCUAAAGGAUGCGAAAAUUGUUGGUUGCACUCAUAUUAAUGCCCAGACGGCGGUCCUAAUUGAGACAUUGAUUGAUUUGGGUGCCUCUGUGCGUUGGGCUGCAUGCAAUAUUUAUUCAACACAGAACGAAGUUGCUGCCGCCUUGGCCGAAGCUAACAUUCCAAUUUUCGCCUGGCGUGGCGAAACCGAAGAAGAUUUCUGGUGGUGCAUUGAUCGUUGUGUUAAUGCUGAAAACUGGCAACCCAAUAUGAUACUAGACGAUGGUGGCGAUGCCACACACUUAAUGUUGAAAAAAUAUCCAACCAUGUUUAAAUUGGUCAAAGGUAUUGUGGAGGAGAGUGUUACCGGUGUACACCGUCUCUAUCAACUGUCGAAGGCGGGCAAACUGACCGUACCGGCCAUGAAUGUUAAUGAUUCGGUAACAAAAACUAAAUUUGAUAAUCUUUAUAGUUGCAAAGAGUCCAUAUUGGACAGUUUGAAACGUUCGACAGAUGUGAUGUUUGGUGGCAAACAGGUGGUCGUCUGUGGCUAUGGCGAUGUGGGCAAAGGUUGUGCUCAAGCUUUAAAGGGUCAAGGUUGUAUUGUUUAUAUAACUGAGAUAGAUCCUAUAUGUGCUUUACAGGCUAGUAUGGAUGGUUUUCGGGUGGUGAAACUUAAUGAGGUAAUACGCAAUGUUGACAUUGUGGUCACUGCCACUGGCAAUAAGAAUGUAGUGGUGCGUGAGCAUAUGGAUAAAAUGAAAAAUGGUUGUAUUAUUUGCAAUAUGGGCCAUUCGAAUACGGAAAUCGAUGUAAAUAGUUUACGUACUCCGGAUUUGACCUGGGAAAAGGUACGCUCCCAAGUGGAUCAUAUUAUAUGGCCAGAAGGUAAAUAUAUUAUCUUAUUGGCCGAAGGACGUUUGGUCAAUCUUUCUUGUUCCAGUAUACCAUCAUUUGCUGUGUCAAUUACAUCUGCCACCCAAGCAUUAGCUUUAAUUGAACUCUUCAAUGCACCACCCGGACGCUACAAGUCCGACGUUUAUUUGUUGCCCAAGAAAAUGGAUGAAUAUGUAGCCAGUUUACAUUUACCCACAUUCGAUGCUCAUUUAACCGAGUUAACUGAUGAGCAGGCUAAAUAUAUGGGUCUUAAUAAGGCGGGUCCCUUUAAACCCAAUUAUUAUCGUUAUUAAAUCAACCGUAACAACAACAGUUGGUAAAAAUGUAGUGUUUAGAAGAUGAAAGAAAAGAAAAUAAAAUGGUUAAGCACCGGCGCACAGGCUUACAAAAAGGCACUCAAUAAAUUUAAACAAGAAAACAAUAAAAUAAACUAUUUACCACUGCAGACGACACUAGACAAUGAAAAUAUAUAACAAACAAAUAAACUUCUACUACUACAUACUGAUUAAAUCAUGAACAUGUAAGAAUUUAA